GCGCGCCAUGCUGCGUACCCUUAUAUAAGAUGUCUAUGCCCCGCGCUGUGAUGACGAGGGUUUGUGUUAAAGGUACAGCAUUUCAAUUUCACAAUUCGUUUCAAAAAUAAAAUGUCAUUCAUGUGACGAAAUGUGUUUUAUUAGUGCACAUAUAAAGCCUCGGUGUCAUCGUUUACAUUUGAAUAGCGUAUAUAUGCUCAUGGUGGUGGAUGUUUCCGGGUCCGUUGACGCAAAGACCUUACGUAUUUUAACGUGAUUACGUAUGCGGAAGUGGCAAUCGGCGGACGAAGGAUUCGGCUAACGGGGUCUAUCCGGACUCGGUAACAUUCUGCGUGGGGGUGGGAAAAAACGGCAUUUUCCACGGUACCGACACGACGGCCCGGCAGUGGAUGAUAGAGGGGGGGCAUGGGCGAGCAGAGUGUGAUGAACCACGCCAAAUUAGGCGGCAAUAUGGCUGAAGAUGGCGAUAUACCAAUGGCCCCCACGGUGAGCCGCAGUCAGCAUGACAAUGGCCCCGGUGACGAGCUGGUGAGCUCGGUGACGCUCUACAGGCGUCGGCCUCGGCUCCUACACGGCACCGUCCUCCCGUUCCUGACCGUCCUCUACCCGGGCUGGGUGUACGUGUGGCUGGGAGUGUACGGCGCCUCGGAAUACCCGGAGGCAGGCCUCCUGGCGCUGGCUGCCAUCGGGAUCGCGCACGUCCUCACGGCGCUGUCCGGGUAUUGGUCGGUGCACGCGCACUGUUGGCUUACCUGUUCAAAGGAAGCGGAUCCGAACAAGGCCACGCUGGCAAAGGUCAUCCCCACGCCGAAUAACGGUUCAGCCGAGCUGGUGGCACUGCAGCGGGACCAGGAUGACAACGGGGAAGACCUCCUCUCUUUUGAGUUCCAGAAAAUCCGCUACACCUUCGACCACAAAGAAAAGAAACACUUUUUCCCCAUCGCUUUCCCCAUCAGCCAACCGAUGGGCUACUUUCAGUCGUGGCGAGGGUACCAGGAGGAGGUUGAACUCAAGGCUGCAGAGAAGCAAUACGGCACCAACCGUGCCGAGAUGAUGGUUCCGGAUUUCCUGGAGCUGUUUAAGGAGAGGGCCACCGCACCCUUUUUUGUCUUCCAGGUGUUCUGUGUGGGGCUGUGGUGUUUGGACGAGUACUGGUACUACAGUGUUUUUACGCUUUUCAUGCUGGUGGCCUUCGAAGCGUCCCUGGUCCAGCAGCAGAUGAGGAACAUGUCCGAGAUCCGCCGCAUGGGGAACAAGCCCUACAUGAUCCAGGUUUAUCGCAACCGUAAGUGGAGACCCGUAUCAAGCGACGAGCUCGUCCCCGGUGACAUCGUCUCGAUUGGACGGUCCCCACAAGACAACCUGGUGCCGUGUGAUGUGCUGCUCCUCCGGGGUCGCUGCAUCGUGGAUGAGGCCAUGCUGACCGGAGAGUCUGUGCCUCAGAUGAAGGAACCUGUGGAGGACUUGGACCCAGAGCACGUCCUUAACCUUCAGUUCGACUCUCGACUUCACGUCAUCUCCGGUGGGACCAAAGUGGUUCAGCAUAGCCCUCCUUUAAAGGCCAGUGUUGGACUUAAACCUGUUGACAACGGUUGUGUUGCCUACGUCCUGAGAACGGGAUUCUACACCUCUCAGGGCAAACUUUUGCGCACCAUCCUCUUUGGCGUGAAGAGGGUGACGGCGAACAACCUGGAGACAUUCAUCUUCAUCCUAUUCCUCCUCGUGUUCGCCAUUGCGGCCGCCUCCUACGUGUGGGUGGAAGGGACCAAGGACCUCAGCAGGAAUCGUUACAAACUCUUCCUGGAGUGCACUUUAAUCCUCACAUCAGUGGUUCCACCAGAACUCCCCAUUGAGCUUUCCCUGGCUGUGAACACAUCUCUUAUUGCCUUGGCUAAACUAUAUGUGUUCUGCACUGAGCCCUUCAGGAUUCCCUUCGCCGGGAAAGUGGAGGUGUGUUGUUUCGACAAAACGGGAACGCUGACAAGCGACAGUCUGGUGGUGCGAGGAGUGGCGGGCCUCAGGGCGGGAAAGGAGGUGAUGCCUGUGUCCGAAAUACCCGUCGAAACGCAUCGGGUGGUAGCCACCUGCCACUCGCUCGUCACCCUAGAUGAUGGACAGCUGGUUGGAGAUCCCCUGGAGAAGGCGAUGCUGACUGCUGCUGACUGGACCCUCACCAAAGAUGAAAAGGUCUUUCCACGUGGCAUCAAAACCCAGGGCCUCAAGAUCCAUCAGCGCUUCCACUUUGCCAGCGCUCUUAAGAGGAUGUCAGUCCUGGCUUCUUACGAGAGACUGGGAUCCACAGAGCUCUGCUAUGUCUCUGCGGUUAAAGGAGCACCGGAGACACUCAGAACCAUGUUUUCACGGUGUCCAGAGAGUUAUGACGAAGUGCACAAAGAAAUAUCCAGAGAAGGUGCAAGAGUGCUGGCUUUGGGUUAUAAGGAGAUGGGCCACCUAAAUCAUCAGCAGGUGCGGGAGAUGAGUCGAAAUUUGCUGGAAUGUGACUUGAACUUUGCGGGCUUCAUGGUGGUAUCAUGCCCCCUCAAGAGCGACAGCAAGGCGGUCAUCAGAGAGAUCCAAGAGGCGUCGCAUCAUGUGGUAAUGAUCACAGGGGACAACCCCUUAACGGCGUGCCAUGUCGCCAGAGAGCUCCACUUCAUCCAAAAGGAGCACACGCUUAUAUUGCAACCAGGUCCCAACCAUGGCAGUUGGCAGUGGGAGUCAAUGGAUGGCAGCGUGCACGUACCCCUGCCGCCGCCCUCGGUCCCUUCAUUUAUUUGCCAGUAUGACCUGUGCGUCACCGGCGAAGGUCUUGCGAGACUGUGCUGCAACCCUCAGCUGCUGCACACCCUCUUGCCUCACAUAGGAGUGUUUGCACGAGUCAGCCCCAAACAAAAGGAAUUUGUGGUCACGAGUCUCAAAUCGCUGGGUUAUAUCACACUGAUGUGCGGCGACGGCACAAAUGAUGUCGGCGCUCUCAAACAUGCUCACAUAGGUGUGGCGCUGCUGGCCAACGCCCCUGAGCGCAUGCCUGAAAAAAGAAGACGUGGGAGAGAGAAGGAGGCGCCCGCAGUCGACUCUCGACCCUCGCUACCGGUCUACUCGGGGGGCAAACUGAGCUCCAGGGGGGCCAGACAGAGAGUGAUGGCCCAAAGAGAGGAGCAGCUCGCUGCACAAAAAGAGAGGAUCAGUCAAGUCUUGCGGGAGCUGGAAGAAGAUCAGGUGCAAAUAGUGAAGCUGGGCGACGCCUCCAUCGCCGCCCCCUUCACCUCCAAGCUCUCAUCCAUACAGUGCAUCUGUCAUGUGAUCAAGCAAGGCCGCUGCACGUUGGUCACAACGCUCCAGAUGUUCAAGAUCCUGGCUCUGAAUGCCCUGGUGCUCGCCUACAGCCAGUCGGUGCUCUACCUUGAGGGGGUCAAAUUCAGCGACUUCCAGGCCACCCUGCAGGGUCUGCUGUUGGCCGGAUGCUUCCUCUUCAUCUCUCGGUCCAAGCCACUAAAAACAUUGUCCCGAGAACGGCCUUUACCCAACAUCUUCAAUCUUUACACCGUGUUGACGGUGCUGCUGCAGUUUGCGGUCCACUUCUGCAGUCUGGUCUUUUUGUACAAAGAAGCGCAGAGCAGAAGUCCGCCGAGACAGGAUCGGUUUGUGGACCUGUACAAAGAAUUUGAACCCAGCCUAAUCAACAGCACCGUCUAUAUCAUGUCCAUGGCUAUGCAGAUGGCUACCUUUGCCAUUAACUACAAGGGUCACCCUUUCAUGGAGUCUCUCAGCGAGAACAGACCACUACUGUGGAGCAUCGCCCUGUCCGGCUUGGCUAUUGUGGCACUUCUCACUGGUUCUUCGCCCGAAUUCAAUGAACAGUUUGCCCUAGUGGAUAUUCCAACUGAGUUCAAAAUGAUCAUCGCCCAGGUUCUGGUAGUGGACUUUGCCGCCGCCCUGUUGGUGGACCGCGUCCUGCAGUUCCUGCUGGGCAAAGGAACUCUGAGGGUGCCUUCUUGAACUCUCCUUGCCAUCAGCACCCGCUGCCUUUACCUACCGUAAAGGGAGAGAAGACUUGAGAAAGGAAGAGGAAUGAUGCUGCACGCAGUACUGUACACUCCCCUUCUUCGGUCAACCAUCAACAAUGUUUUCAUCCCUGCCGCACCUCCCUAAACUUGAUCUGUCCCUCCCCAUGUCCGCACAAGACCGUGAAGAAACCAGUAUUGAGUGCAAGACCGUGCCAGCUGAGUGACACAUACAAAAGGGACAUUCUCCAGGAGAAUUAACAAGUGUUUAGGAUUUUUUUGAGGGGCGUGGGGGUACUCUCCUUGUUUUUGUAAAAAGACAUCUCUAACAGACUUAUAAAAAGACUUACAAAGUAUGAGGUCUGUAAGAGACUGAUUUACCCAAACACCACGGGGGACACGCUUCGAUGUCAAAACGUGGGUCUUGAGUUUUGUUUUUUACUUGCGCUACAAUGAUUAAUGAUGAUGUGACUCUAAUUGAUAAAAACUGAAAAAAGAAUGAAGAAGCAGCUAAAGUGAAAGAAACACAUUGCACAUUGACCGUGCUCCAAGGCG